GCGAGGAGGAGACAAGGAGCUCGUGCGUCCGGUGCUGCAAUAACGGGUGGCACACACAAACACACACACACACAAACACACACAUACAUAGAUAUAUAUACAUAUACAUACACACGCGCGCACACUUCCGCGUUGCGUCUCUUCCCGCUCGAGUUCCAUUUUUUUGUUUCUAUUUAAAUGUUACACGCGCUAACGGAGCUGCUGUUUUUCUCUUUUUGAUCUCUUUGAUCCGCGCAAAGGAUCAGAGAUAGAUAACGGAUAACGGAUAAAGGAGGAAAAACGAAACGGAUGCAGCAUUGAUGCUUGGUGUGUGUGUGUGUGUGUGUGUCACAGUCUUUAAGGAAACAGUGACACACCGUUAAACCGCGAUGUGUCCUCGGACGGCGGCGCUCAGAUGAUUCACCAUCUCUCCGGUUCAAGCGGCUGCAUGUAGACUGAGGAUCCCCCGGGCUCGGGUUAAACACACCGGAACCGUGUACCAGCCCUCCUUCUCUCCGCUGUGCCACCGGGACAUCAUCCGGCCCGACCAUGGACGACACCGGCAUCAUCCGGCGCCGGCGGCUGCAGGAUCUUCCUUUGCCACGUAAAAGCAGCAGCUGCCGAGCCAGUAACAGGAAGAGUCUGAUCCUCACCUCGACCUCGCCCACUUUACCUCGUGCUCACUCUCCUCUCCCUGGACACCUUGGAAGCAGCCCGCUUGACAGCCCUCGCAAUUUCUCUCCCAGCAAUCCGUCUCACUUCUCCUUCACAGCUUCCUCCAGACGAGAUGGUCGCCGUUGGUCACUGGCUUCUCUUCCAUCUUCUGGUUAUGGCACCAACACACCCAGCUCGUCAUCCAGCUCAUCUCAGGAGCGUCUGCACCAGUUGUCCUAUCAGCCCUCCAUGGACGAGCUGCUCUUCCUGACCAAACACUUCGGCAGUACCGAGAGCAUCACAGAUGAUGAUGGGGGUCGGAGCUCUCCCCAUACACGCCCACGCUCACGCAGCCUUAGUCCUGGAAGAUCUGCUUCCUGCUGUGACAAUGAGAUCAUGAUGAUGAACCACGUGUAUAAAGAGCGCUUCCCAAAGGCGACGGCACAGAUGGAGGGGCGCUUAGCAGACUUCAUCCACACAUUCUCACCGGACAACGUGCUCCCACUCGCUGAUGGGGUCCUGAGCUUCAUCCACCACCAGAUCAUAGAGCUUGCCCGAGACUGCCUGAACAAAUCCCGAGACGACCUCAUUACCACCGUCUACUUCUACGAGCUGCAGGAAAACCUCGACAAACUGCUGCACGAUGCGUAUGAACGCUCAGAGAGCUCAGAGCUGACCUUUAUCAUGGAACUCGUGAAGAAGCUCCUCAUCAUCAUCUCUCGCCCAGCUCGACUCUUGGAAUGUCUGGAGUUUAACCCAGAGAACUUUUACCACCUGCUAGAGGCGGCCGAGGAUCACGCCAAAGAGGGACAACUGAUGAAGACGGACAUCCCACGCUACAUUAUCAGCCAGCUCGGCCUGACCAGAGACCCUCUGGAGGAAAUGGUCAAUCUGGAAAGUUAUGACAGCGAGGGACCCCUCACACCAGAGACUGAUGACUCUACAGAGGGGAAGAUGAAAAUGAUAAAACCUCCUGGAGAAGCUGACUUCCAGACCAUCAAACUGAUCAGCAACGGAGCAUAUGGGGCGGUGUACCUGGUGCGUCACCGGGAAACCCGUCAGCGUUUCGCCAUGAAGAAGAUCAACAAACAGAACCUCAUCCUGAGGAACCAGAUCCAGCAGGCCUUUGUGGAAAGAGACAUCCUCACAUUCGCUGAGAACCCAUUCGUGGUCAGCAUGUUCUGCUCCUUCGAGACCCGCAGACAUCUCUGCAUGGUCAUGGAGUACGUGGAGGGGGGAGAUUGUGCCACGCUGCUGAAGCACAUCGGAGCGCUGCCUGUAGAGAUGGCACGCAUGUACUUUGCCGAGACCGUCCUUGCUCUCGAGUACAUCCACAACUAUGGUGUGGUGCAUCGGGACCUUAAACCUGACAAUCUGUUGAUCACUUCUAUGGGACACAUAAAGCUGACCGAUUUUGGUUUGUCUAAAAUGGGCCUGAUGAGUCUCACGACUAAUCUAUACGAGGGCCACAUCGAAAAGGACACCAGAGAAUUCCUAGAUAAACAGGUGUGCGGCACGCCCGAGUAUAUUGCCCCAGAGGUCAUCUUACGCCAGGGAUAUGGUAAACCUGUGGACUGGUGGGCCAUGGGCAUCAUCCUCUAUGAGUUCCUGGUAGGUUGUGUGCCUUUCUUUGGGGACACACCUGAGGAGCUUUUUGGGCAGGUCAUUACUGAUGACAUUGUGUGGCCUGAAGCUGAUGAAGCGCUCCCAGUUGAUGCCCAGCACCUCAUUUCCGCCCUGCUUCAGACCAACCCAUUGCACCGCCUGGGCACAGGAGGUGCGGUAGAAGUAAAGCAUCACCCGUUCUUUGCUGAGUUGGACUGGAACAGUUUACUGAGGCAGAAAGCUGAAUUUGUACCCCAGCUUGAGUCGGAGGAGGACACCAGCUACUUCGACUCACGUUCAGACCGUUACCAUCACAUUCACUCGUUUGAUGAAGAUGACACCAAUGACGAUGAGCCUGUUGAGAUCCGCCGUUUUUCCUCCUGCUCGCCUCGCUUCAGCAAGGUAUACAGCAGCAUGGAGCACCUGUCCCAGCUGGAACACAAGCCUGUGGUGACUCGCAGGGAGCCGCGAGGUCAUCGGGAGGACCGAGCCAAGAGGGAGAGUCUGGGCAGCUUCACUCUGAGAGACAAAACAUGGAGGACUGGUUCUCCUGAGAUGAAGCGUCUGUCUUGCUCAGAGUACUCCUUCACAGAGUCCGACUUCAGUCCCCCUGGUGUCCGCCGCAGAUUCUCAGCCCUCAUUGACACGCACCGUGUCACCUCUCCUUUAGAGACAGAUACAGACACACACACUCGCCAUGUGCCAGUCAAAACCAGAGGGAUGUCACUAGAGGGUCCUACAAUGGCCUCCAGCUCAGCUGGAACUGUGGCAGAGUCAUCCAGUGCGGCACUAGUGGCACAAGGAUUAGAUAAACUCCUGAAACCUAACGAUUCAGCUGUGACCUCAGCACCAUUCGGACCCAGAGCCCCAAGUGAAGUGGUUCUGCGGCGAACACGACAUCAGCACCUCCCUACUGAUGGAGAGAAACACACUCCAACCCGCUCUGGCGCCAAGGUUAUAAAGUCAGCCUCUGCCUCAGCCUUGUCCGUCAUUAUACCUGCAGUGGAGCAGCAUGGGACAUCUCCUUUGGCGAGUCCCAUGUCUCCCCGCUCCAUAUCAUCCAACCCGUCAUCUCGUGACUCAUCUCCCAGCCGGGACUACUCUCCAUGCGUCAGCAUUGUGCGUUCUCCCAUCACUAUCCAGCGGUCAGGGAAAAGGUACGGCUUCACGCUGCGUGCAAUCCGGGUCUACAUGGGAGACACCAAUGUCUACAGUGUCCACCACAUGGUCUGGCAUGUGGAGUGUGGAGGCCCUGCCCAGGAAGCAGGUCUGUGUGCUGGUGACCUCAUCACACAUGUGAACGGAGAGUCUGUGCAUGGUCUGGUUCAUACAGAAGUGGUGGAGCUUAUUCUGAAGAGUGGGAAUAAAGUGACUGUCACUACAACUCCGUUUGAAAACACAUCCAUUAAGAUCGGACCGGCACGAAAGCCCAGCUCAAGGGCCAAGAUGGCACGACGGAACAAGAAAUCCAUCACCAAAGAGGGACAAGACAGUAAGAAGCGAAGUUCUUUAUUCCGUAAGAUCACAAAGCAGUCGAACUUGCUUCACACCAGCCGCAGUCUUUCAUCUCUGAACCGCUCUCUGUCAUCCGGUGACAGUCUCCCUGGCUCUCCCACCCAUGGCCUGUAUGCCCGCUCACCCCCUGACUCCGCCCACCUCGGCAUGUCAUCCCAGAGCAGCUCUCCAGCAUCCUCUACACCAAACUCUCCAGCAACAUCUCAUCACAUGCGCCCAAGUUCUCUACACGGCCUGUCCCCUAAACUGCAGCGCCAAUUUCGCUCAUCUCGAUGUAAAUCAGCCGGGAGCGUCCCUUUGUCCCCACUGGCACACACUCCCUCGCCGAACACACCCAGCACCACACCUACUUUCCCUGCCAAGCUGCACUCCUCGCCACCAAUAACACGGCCCCGCUCACCUCUUCUCACACGGGUGCAGUCCACAGAGAAGCCGGCUCCGCCCUCUCCACAAUCAUUUGCCUCCUUUCCAUCAUCGGCAGAGAAAAAAGGUGGCCUGAGAAAACAUGGUGUGGAGGAAUACCGCAUGCUGCAAAGCCUGCAGGAGAUUGAAGGUGAAAACGCGCUUGCAGACACACUCCAAAUGACAAAUAAGCCGGACUCUCCUUCUGUCCCUGACUUAAAACUACACAAAAAGGACAAAUCGUCUGAAGGAACAGGGGCAACAGGUUCUUCCAAAACCCAUGAUUCUAUCAAAGCCAUAAAUACAGCAAUCUGUGAACCUGCAAAGCAAGAUAAAUUUGCACAAAAGACCACCAUCAUGCAGGAUUCAAUCCCUGAAGUGAAAGAAAAACCUGGAGGAAAGAUUCCAUUACUGAGCAUAGGAACCAUUGUGCCGAAAACACCAGAUUGGCAUGGUGAGGGUGGAAAAGAGCGAGAGAAAGGAAAAGCAGCAUGGGAGAAUGACUCAAAAGCUAAAUCUGGGCUGGCGGAACCUGGAAAGCCUGUGAAAAUUCCCCAAACUGUAGAGAUUAGAAUGGAAGUAAGAAGUGGAAGCAGCGAGUGCAAGGCUAAAGCAUCACCACCUCCAAUGACAGAAACAGGAGUGCUUCAAUUAAAAUCCAAACAACAGAAGAGUUCAGUCCAUUCCGGGUCUAUCCGCACCCUCCGAGAUGAGCGCUCUCACUUGGAGGUUUUGGAGGAAAGCCCAGCUUCCCCUUCUCCCUCUACUCCAUCUCCCAGCACCGGCAAAUCCCGAAUUGUCUCCCCUGGUGACCGCUCGAGCUUUGUCACUCAGCUCACCAGUGUGGCAAAAACUGUGCUUGGGCCCAUGAAACUGGGAUCACAGGACGGGGGGAAGGGAAAGGACUCAAGCACCAAAACAAGCGAGGACAAGCGCUCCGGUACGCUGGGAAAAUCUGAGGCUUCGUCUGGGGCCUGGCGCAUAGCUACCGGAACAUGGCCUGGCCCAGGAUCCUCCAAGUCAAAGAGCUCUAACAAGCAUUCCUGAACUUCCUGUUCGUAACGUCUGAGGGAGAUGUGUUGUAAGUGACACUUUAGCGAUGACCUAAUACUUCCACAACCACCAAAUUAACAUGUAUCCAAAAUUUUAAAAAAGGUGCUCUCAAUCAGUUGUCCUUAGAUGCGUGUAUGUGUAUAGACAGUUUUAAAAGCUGUAGUAUGUAACUUUUAAGGAUUCAGAGAACAAUUUAAAACAUUGGGAGUAGUGAGUACCAUACCUGUUUACAUUUAAGUAGUAUUAAAGUAGUGCCCAGGGUUGUGGUGUUGAGCCAUGAUAAAUUUUGAGAAAUUUUUGAGGAAUGAAUUUUGAGGAAUUUUUGAGAAAUGAAUUUUGGGAAUUUUGACCAAUUUGAGUCCAAAACUCAAAUUUAACGUUUAAGCUUUUUCAGUGCCACAUUCUGAUUUUGCCAAGUUCAAUAAUGGGUGGAUCUGAAGCAAGAUUUAAACAGCCAGUCACAAAUUUAAAUACAUGAUCAUUUAAAAAUCGUUAGUUAGCCAGCAAAUGUAGCUAAAUGGUAAAAUAUGCAAUAUUGAAACUAUAUUUAUUGAAGUAAAAGUUAUAUACUGCAGCUUUAAUGGCAAUUUAACACCAAAAUAUUGUACACAUAAAAAAGCAAAAAAAAAAAAAAAGAAGCGCUGUCUGUGUAGCUGCAUGUUAAAUAUCGUGAAAAGACAAUUCAUACAGAAAAUAUUAUUUUAAAAAAUUAAAUAAAUACUACGCAAAGACCUGAUGCUAGUGAACAUUGUACAAAUGCGAUUGUCAUAACUGCCCGGUCUCUAUAGCAACAGCAUGUCAGUGAUGUCAUAUUAAAUGCUCUCAUCUGUGAUAGGUGGCAGAACCUGUCAAUUAUCUUUUCUAUAGCAAAAUGGCAAAUAAAUUAUGUCAGCAUACUUGAAGAUGCAAAAUGCAAAAUCUAAGGUUUGCUAAUAAAAUGGAAUGAACGCAAUGCUUUAUUUGAGCACAUACAAUCGUACACAUCUGAUUGGUCCUGCAACAGUCCGAGCUUGAAACUGAUCUGUUUUUGUGACAACCCCUUCGACAAACCCGAGGAAGUGUGUGAGGCGUAAAUUAAGUGUUUACAGUCCCAGAGAAUGUGGAGUGCAACACCACAGCUGGGGAAUAACUACACAACUUUUAUAAUCCUAAAAGAUCUUGAUUUUUUUUUUUUAAAUACAGACUCAAAAACGGUGGCUACGCUUCUACACUGCGGGUGAUCAUAGACAACACUUACCACUCUAAAUGAACGCACCAAACCUUCACAACUCUUAGUAGAGAAAGAUUAAAGUUUUAAGUAAAAGAGAAAGAGGAAAAAAAAUAAACAUGUAUGCGAGAUUAUGGAGUUAUGGAACUUUCACAAGAGGCACAAUUUAUUUGCCACUUCCCAACUAGACAGCAUUUAGGUUAUUAUUAUGCCCCACUCUUGGGUACACUUGCAUACUUCCACCCUCCGAUACAACAGACAGUAUGCAUUUAUUUGGUUUGUGAGCCCCAAGAAAACACAACGAGAAAAAAAAACAGGAAGUUAACUUUCACACCAUACCUAAUAUUAAAUUAUUUUACUAAAUAAAAAUUCUCAACAGCAACGUUCUCUUGUGCGUUUCUACUUUAUCAACUACGACUGUGUAGGUGAGGGGAGAUUUUGAUAUACUUGAUAUACUACGACUCAUUUCAGAAAGAGUCUGUUCUCAGUCUGUUAUUCCCUCAAACUUGCCAAUUCUUGUCUGUAACCCUCACACGCUUACAGAUUUCUGUGCCAACUUCUCACGCCAACUGGCCGCAAAUUGUGCUAACUGGUGCAGACCAGGUAGUAUUCGGCAGGAUUUUGAAUCCUGUAAAAAAUCCUGUCUAAAGUUGUGUAGUGUAUUCCCAGUUUAAGUGUUCUAUUGAAACUCAUGUUCCGGUGGACAUGGGCUAACAUUCUAACAAGCACCCUUGAUUGAUAACCCCUUUUAUAACUGCUUAAAACUCCCAUGAAUUAAGACCAUUCAAAUUACCAAUGAUAAAAUUGGCAUUACGGCAGAAUACCUAAUUUAAUGCAUGAGCUUUCUGUUUAUAAAGUUAGCUUUCACUCACUAGGCUAGCUUUCUUUCUCUAAGCUCUGUCUCACAGAUUAGCUGUCUAAGGUAGUUUUCCCUCUCUAUGGUUAGCAUUCUUUCUCUAAUGGCUAAAAUUACCUUAGACUCUCUCUCUCUCUCUCUUUCAACGGCUAGCUUUUAUUUAUUGGUUGGUCAAAAUUUAGACAGUUUAAGUAUGGACACAUUUUUAGAAUGAAAUCAGUGUGGCAGGACAUCCGAUAUCAGCCUUAGUGAGAUUAGCUCCGUCCACUUCACAUCACUCACUGAUAUGACCAACAUGAACCUCUUUUUAUACCACAGUGCUGUUGAAGUCAAAAUUGUGAUUCAUUUUCUACAACACAAUAUCUUUUUUUAAAGAAACAUUAGUGUUUCUAUAGUAACAGCUCAAUCACAAGUAGUUGUACCAUCACACCAUCCCUGGCACUGAUUACUUUGCCUUACUUAAAAUUGCAGAUUGUGAUUCUCUGGGGCUUUAAACAACCAAUGUGGAGAGGAAAUGAUAGAACAAUGUAAACUUAAAGAUAUUGAAGAAUUUAGGAACUUGAGUGCGUGUUAAUCUCUUUCUACAUAUGCAAUUAGAGCUUUGUGUGUAUUUGAACACAUAUUGUUUGGACAUCUUUUUCUUUAAUAUUUCUUACUUGACUACAUUUUAUACUUUGUGUGUGUAUGUAGAUGUGAUUUCAGACAGUUAGUAAGUGGCAAAUAAUGAUGAGAUUUGCUUGUUUACACUGAGUAUCGCUCUGCUUCUUAGCUGACAUGCAGAAUGUUCCAUCAUGUCACUAGAUAAACAAUGCUGUAAUGUGUCUCCAUGUUGCGUUGUGCUAUCACCGUUUGUGGAUGUUUAACAGUUUGCGGUUUGUAAUGUUUAAAGUUUAUAUCAGCGUUAGUAUACAAUAUCAAAACCUUGUCACCUCCCUCAUUUUCACCGUUAACCUGGCUAUGAAAAAUGACACGACAUGAUCGCAUGCAGUUUCAGUGGUCCAGCUUUAACCUGCCCUCUAGUGGACAGGGCUUUUACAUCAGAGUUGGCUAGCCUCGUAUUUGCUUCCUUUUAUCCUAGACAUUAGCCCAAACCUCAGGAGAAACAUACCUCCUCUGGCUUGUUCCCCUUCAAAAACAAUAAUUAAUUAAUAAUUAAAAAAAACUGUAAAAUAUAUAAACUUGUCUUGUGUUUGUAUAUUGUUUAAAUUUAACUUAUAGAAGGCUUAUAGGAGUUAUGGCAAAGAAAAAAAAAGGUUAAGAUCUCAAAUAAGAACAGUUUGUACGAUUUGUCCAAGCUGUGCUGUGUACAUAUAGGAAUGAUGCUAAAGAUAUGAUAGGGUGAUGUAAAGGGUGAUAUAAAGCUGAUAACAUAGUAUUUCAUUUCUCAAUAUCACUUUGUCCACUUGUUCAUUCUAAAUGGGUUACAAUAUUAAUUUUAUAAAAUAUAUAAAAAAAAAAACUGUAGAAUUGAGUGUGACACAUUUAAUAAACUCUCUCUAAAUGAAACACUUUUCAAACAAUAAAAAAACAAUUCUUCAGAUAUGUACAAGGUAAACACCUAAAUAUGUCUGUAUAUGUAAGGCUAACACAUGUACACCGCAUCCACUCACGGUUUUAUUUCUGUAGACUUCUACAUCACAAAGAUGUUUCUUAGGUACUGUAUGUUCUGCUCUGUUCUGUAGAUGUUGUUGAUGAUGAUGAUGUGUGUGUGUGUGUGAGAACUAUUUGAUUGUCUCGGUGUCUAGCUUCAUGUAGGCAUUGUACAUCAUUUUCCACUUUGUUGUUUCAGAAUAAAAAAUCACUGUAAAGAGCGCACUUUAUUUAUCUAAUAGAUUUAGAAGGUGUCCAAGAGAAAGUGACCAAGUGACAAGGCACUGUGUGUGUGUGUGCGCACAUGUUUUAGGAGUUGUAAAUGUGUUUCCUUGACUAAUAUGCACUGUACAGUUAAAUACUAAAAUGGUGACAGAUGUUAAGAUGAGUGGAUUCAUGAUUUUUUUUUUUUUACCAAACUGACCACAGGUUGUUGACUAUUGUGGGGCAAUAAAUGAUGGUUGUGCAUCACAUCUCGUGCUUCUAGAAAUGUUUCUGCUUAACACUGACACCUGCUGGACAAAAUUCUUGGACGCCUGUAUGCCAGGUUUUAUUUGUUCGCUUUUGGGUUUUAUGAUUUUUUACUUUUUUUAUAUUAUUAAUAUUAUUUCACUAUAUCUUGAUUAUCCUGAUCAUGUUCAGAUCAUGUACAUAGAUCAAUGGACUCUUCCUUUACACAUUUCUUUUAUUUUAUUUUAUUUUGUUUUUUGCAUUUCUAUCAUUGAAUGCUUGAUUUUUUUUAUUGUUUAUUUAUUGCCUACAUUUUCUCCAUUUGUUUCUCAGGCAAUGUUGUGAAGCAAUGCAAAAUAAGAGGCUAAACUGCAGUAAUAAGAAUAAAAAAAGAAGAAUUAAAGUGACUACUGUUGUGGUUCAUGAUUUGACAUUCUCCUUU